CCCCUUGACGGGCCCUGUAGAAACGUAUAUAACACCUAGACUAGUAUUUAUUUGCUAACAGACGUUACAUAAUCAGAUGUUCACAGUCCAUCUCCUUCAAUAACAUAUGAACGUAAAUUUUGGAACCAAACAUGACUACGGAACAGUACGAUGACCCCGUUAUUCCAAAGUUCUGGAACCUGCCAAUCCUACGCCACCUCAACAAGCUGCAGGACAUGUCAAACUCCUCCAAAGGAGUUCCGGAUUAUAUCAAAACACAGAUUCAGAACUGUAUAGACUGUAUCAAUUCUAGAGAGGACUACUGUGAUUCCACCACGUCCCCAUCCAGCACAGCGAUCGAGAAUAUGAUCACAAAGACAAACCAACAUCCCUGGCAACAGGUGUACGACAGAGGAGACAUCCAGUGGAAGGUUGGGCCAGGCAUGUUAACAGGGCAAAUGGAGGGGAGCUUUCUAAAAACUCUUGUCAGUAUGGCGAAUGCCAGGAGGAUUCUUGAAAUCGGCCUGUUCACUGGAAAUAGUGCUCUUGCCAUGGCGGAGGCACUUCCGGUUGACGGGAAAGUGAUCGCUUUGGAGAUAUCGGGAUACAUUGGGAAAUUCGCUCGACAGUUGAUGGAUGAAUCACCUCAUGGAGAAAAGGUUGACAUAAUGAUAGGUCCGGCAAAAGAUAACAUGGAACAGCUUGCACAAGAAGGACAAAAGUUUGACAUAGUCUUCAUUGACGCCAAUAAGGAGGGCUACUUAGACUACUACAAAAUUGUCAUGGACAACGACAUGCUUACCCCUCGUGGCACUAUUCUGAUAGACAACGGCUUACACGGAGGCAUGGCGUACCUGUCCCCAGAACAAUCCCUUCUCCCUGGGCUGGAGGGGUCCAAUAUGAUCAUUACAAACUUCAACGAGUAUGUGUACAACGAUGACAGAGUCGCCCAGGUGAUGAUUCCUAUACGAGACGGAAUAAUGGCGAUCAGAAGGAAAGAUGAAUUCGAGGGAAAACUGUAAAAUGAGAAAUAUUUCUGAUAAUGAACUUUAUGAAAUGUAAAACAAAUUUCACGCAAUGUGUCGUUUGUAAUUCAUUUAAUUGUUUUCUGUAUAGAGACAUCAAUUAAAAAGGCGUAUCAUUAAUCUUAUUCCACGUGUAAAUGCAGAGUUUUGCCAAUUAUUUCGAUCAAUGUAAAUUAACCUAAUCUUUUUGCUUUAAAAAAAGUGCAAACGAUGUUGACGCUGUUGUAUUAAUUUAGUAUAUAUAAACCUGUUUUCUUGGUGGUUUUUUUCUAUGCGUAAUAUCUGCUUGUCAUUAUAACCUUGGUGAUAAAUGACAAUAAAAAUAAUCUGUCAUGUUGUGUUAUUAAUGUUAGAUGUGCUGUUCAUUUUUAUCUAAGAAAUAACAUAUAUUUAAUUAUCAAGAAUAUUAUGAAAAGUAUAUGUCAUGUUCGUUAAACAUGCGUAUUAACAUUCAAUCUUUAACGUCAUAAUACCCGGUGAUAACCGAUCAUACCCGCUUAUAAACGAUACUGACCGAUAGUAACCGAUAAUAUCCUUCAGAAAUCAUCAAGUAUAACAACCGGAAAGUAGAAGAGCUAAUACGUCAAAGACGAAGAAAGACAAACUGUUCAUUUUACAUGCGAGUGUAUUUUUCUUAUAUUUUUUUCAUUAAAUGACAUUAUAUGUUAUAUCAAAAUAUUUGUCUAGACAAUGAGCGAUAACAUUUCCCUGACCAACCAUGAUGCGCAUGUUAUCUUUGUUGAUGU